GUCCAAGCCUUAGAGAGAAAGGGGAAACGAGAGAAGUUGAGAAACUCUUUCGUCACUACGAGCAAAAAGGAACAUAUUUCACAACAAAGCCUGGCUGCCAUGGGUUACGAGAGGAGGGGACAGAGCUUACUGACAUGAACACCACCAGUCACCCGCUGCAGUCAGCCUUCCUCCAUCUCACCGUUCAGUCACUUCAGUCCAGCUCAGGAAGUGUUGUUCCAAAAUGUACUUAGGGAUAGCGUUAGGGCUUAAGGUUUGUAACAUGUCACAAUGCAUACUCCUAGAGAUAUACAAAAUAUUGAAAUUAGUUUGUUUGUAAUUUUUUUUUUCUUUUUUUUGCUCUGUGAAAACUGCGCAUGCUUCUAAGAUGUCAAUUGACUGUGUAGAUAUUAUAUUUUCCUGUCAAUCGGUUUUGUGCAAAAUUGUAAUUUCGUGAUUUUAAGAAGUGCAUAACAUCUGGACUUUCUUCUGUUACUUUAGUUCCAAAGUGAGUAAUGGGCGCUACUUUACUGAAAGCUUUUGUUGGAGGAGCCAUCCUUUUUGAGUGCAGUUAUAAAGCAGAAGACAAACACAAGAAGAAAUACUUCUGCAAGGCUGAUGACAAGUCCUGCUUAUCCAACGCAAUCCCUCCCCCCACUGACAACCGUUUCUCUCUGUUCGACACGAGCAACGGAUACUUCCGCAUUCUCAUCACCGCACUCACAAAUGAGGAUUCUGGGACGUAUAUGUGUCUUGUAGAGAAGGCUCCCAAUGUUUACGCAAACACCACAAAAACACUGGAAGUAAAUACAGAUCCAGUUUACAUGCCAUCCGUCGUGAAGACUGCUUCUGUGGGUGAGGACGUUGUCAUCGACUGCAAAUACCCAGCCGCCGGUAACAACAGCAUCAAAUACUUCUACAAACAGCAGGUCAUGCCAGCAUGUCCUCAUCUCAUAUCCUCUCAGUCGCCUCAGCCCAACUCAAGGUAUUCCCUGAUCGACGACAACAAAGCACACGUCUUCAGCGUGACCAUCGGGAACCUGACCCCUGACGAUGCUGGGCUCUACUGGUGUGGCUUGAGGACCGGGGGGUUUCUUGGAGGGAUCGCCAUGACAACAGAGGUGAAACUGCGCAUCGUCGAGCGUGGAACAGAAGAACUCGCAGUAAUGACCACAGCCAUGGCUGUGUGCAUCCCGUUGUUCUUGGUUGUGGCUGUUAUAUUAUCAGGAGUCGUGAUCCACAGAUGUAGAGUGAAAAUCAGGCAAUCGCAUGUCUCUGUUAUUCAGACUCCACCUCAGGUCAGAGCAGCUUCCCCAUCAGCGACUGCUGGUGAUCGUGCCGAAUCCAUCCAGAUGAGUUUGGACCCCCCCAGGCCCCAGCUCAAGUGUGUUUAUCAGAAUCUCCAACCCGACCCCACCCACCCUCCUGCUGCUGACUACGUGACACCCAUCCCCUCCGACCCUCCUGGUGGUGACUACGUGACACCCAUCCCCGACGGCCAUCCCUCUGAGAACAUCUACCAGCAGCUGGACGUCAGCAGCAGGCAGGCUGAUGAUGUGUACCACACCCUAGAUCCCAAACCGUGUAAAUAGGCAGGCUGAUGAUGUGUACCACACCCUAGAUCCCAAAUAGUGUAAAUAGGCAGGCUGAUAAUAUGUACCACACCCUAGAUCCCAAACUAUGUGGAUAGGCAGGCUGAUAAUAUGUACCACACCCUAGAUCCCAAACCAUGUGGAUAGGCAGGCUGAUAAUAUGUACCACACCCUAGAUCCCAAACCAUGUGAAUAGGCAGGCACACAGCAGGUCACCCAGCCAAAACACAAGAUGGCAAAUGCUGGGAGCCUAUGUGCUUGGUGUGCAUGGUGCCAGCUUAACAAAAUGGCUUCCUUUAGGCUACUGCUGUCCAAGGUGCGCUUUAAAUGUUUCACUGACCAUUUUAGCAUUAGUGGUUAGUUUUCAGCUCAUAUAAAAAAAGGCCAACCAGGUACAACCAUCUACAAAGAUACAAACACAUUAUCAACCAAGCUGUGGUUCACAAAUCCUAAUUUAGAAAAAUACAUGUCCUACAGAGUAAACCACUUUAGUUAUCUUAUUUUGGAAUAUAUAAUGUUAGACACGCACUAACGCAUAGUGACAUGGUAGCUUUGGGUGAGUGAUUGUGUAAUGUAAGAUAACUGUGUGUGUGUGUGUGUGUGUGUGUGGCUCUCUACUGUUUCUGUUGUGAAAUUGCAAUGGCUUUAAUAAACCAGACCAUUCUCA